GGGCGGAUCGUCCCCCGGCCUCCCUGUAUGUGAGAGACGGGGCCGGCGUCUCGGACGGAGCCGGGCCGCGGGAGGAGCGGAGGCUUCGGGGAGCGCUUCCUUCCCACCGCCCGCACCGCCGUGGGCGGCAGCCCCAGCAUGGAAGCCAUCGCCAAGUACGACUUCAAAGCCACCGCGGAUGACGAGCUGAGCUUCAAACGGGGGGAUAUCCUUAAGGUUUUGAAUGAAGAAUGUGAUCAGAAUUGGUACAAGGCAGAACUCAAUGGAAAAGACGGCUUCAUUCCCAAGAACUACAUAGAAAUGAAACCACAUCCGUGGUUUUUUGGAAAGAUUCCCCGAGCGAAGGCUGAAGAGAUGUUAGGCAAACAGAGACAUGAUGGUGCCUUCCUCAUCAGGGAGAGUGAGAGUGCUCCUGGGGACUUCUCCCUUUCAGUCAAGUUUGGAAAUGAUGUGCAGCACUUCAAGGUGCUUAGAGAUGGGGCUGGCAAGUAUUUCCUCUGGGUGGUGAAGUUCAAUUCUUUGAACGAGCUGGUAGAUUAUCACAGAUCCACAUCUGUCUCCAGGAACCAGCAAAUAUUUCUCCGGGACAUUGAACAGGUGCCACAGCAACCAACAUAUGUUCAGGCCCUGUUUGAUUUUGAUCCCCAGGAGGAAGGAGAGCUGGGCUUCCGCCGCGGAGACUUUAUCCAAGUCCUUGACAAUUCUGACCCCAACUGGUGGAAGGGAGCCUGCCACGGACAGACGGGCAUGUUUCCACGCAACUAUGUCACCCCAGUGAACCGGAACAUCUAGAGAUAAAUAUUAGAGAUUAUUUAAAGAAACCAGAGAAACAGUAAAUACACAUACAGAGCCUAACUGCAGCCAGUGACCUAAAAUCACACGGCGAUAAAACCUGAGUCACCUUUCACCAUGAGGUGAUCCUCCUUCACUCAGUACGGAACUUCAAGGGCGGGGUGGGGACACACCAAAACUUAUCUUAAA